UCAUGAGAUGACGACACACGCACCAAGAUGGACGAAUAAGAGCGUCAAAACCAUGGUCAAAACAAACAACCAUGUAUAAGGUAUGGGAAAAGCAAACAUUUAGUAGUAAAACAAUUCGACUACAAGUGGUGAUGUUGAGGAGGAAUGAGCCAGUGAUCAAUAUCCCACACACAGUGUCCACUCUGAUAAAUGGCAGUGUGCUGGUUGACUGUCUGCUGGCCAGUUGUAAAGAGAAGAGCAUUGAGUACAUGUGUACGCAUUCCAGUACCAGAGAAGGCCCGGACACUGACUGACUGACUGUCUGCUUCAAAGUUAAAGACUUACAAAACUCAAGACAAAAAUAAAAGUGACCAUCAUCUCAACCUACAAGUACGGUCAAAGUAUAUAUAUUCAACCACUAUAAUGGGCUAUCAGCUCUUACUCUUAUCGUCCAUUUGAGUGCAUCAUCGAAGUCCACGGGCUAAGAGAGAUGCCAUCACAAACACCUACCAUGGACUGUUCAAGGGAACAGUCUACUCCCAUUGACCCUAAAUCAGCAAGCACCUCAACAGGAAAUAAGGAAAUUCCUGCGUCAACUACCAGUGAUCACACUGACCAGUUUGAAGUCACAGAAGAAGCUGUUUCCAACACUUUAACCAUGAAAAGCAGUACUAAAUCCAAUAAGCCCAGGUUUGGUGACAGUGGUCAGGCUAAAGAGAGACUGAAGUUUAUUCUAGGAGCGUCUGAGGAUAAUUCCUCUGAUGAUGAGCCUUUGGUUCUGGGCCAAGCCACCAAAGUUCAGCCCGGAAGCACAGAGACGCCUAACCCAGUACCCACUAUGCCAUCAGAAGUGCCGUCACCCCCGAAUCCAUCAACCUGUUUGAGGCCUAGCAUGUCAGGCCCCCAUCUGCUAAAAAAGGGCAAAGAACACAGGAAGAUGGACGUGCAUAGAGAUUUCACUGUUGCCUCCCCAGCUGAGUUUGUCACCCGCUUUGGAGGAAAUCGCGUUAUAGACAAGGUGCUGAUUGCUAAUAAUGGCAUUGCUGCAGUUAAAUGCAUGCGUUCGAUUCGACGCUGGUCCUAUGAAAUGUUCCGUAAUGAGAGAACCAUUCGCUUUGUGGUGAUGGUCACACCUGAAGACUUGAAAGCCAAUGCAGAAUACAUUAAAAUGGCUGAUCACUAUGUGCCAGUCCCUGGGGGCCCAAAUAACAACAACUAUGCCAAUGUUGAGAUGAUCGUGGAUAUUGCCAAAAGGAUUCCAGUGCAGGCCGUUUGGGCUGGAUGGGGCCAUGCUUCUGAGAACCCCAAACUUCCAGAGCUCCUCCAUAAAUCAGGGAUAUGUUUUCUAGGGCCUUCCAGUAAAGCCAUGUGGGCAUUAGGAGAUAAAGUGGCAUCUUCCAUCGUAGCUCAGAGUGCAGACAUUCCCACACUGCCCUGGAGUGGGACAGGUCUGAGGGUGGACUGGGAUGAAGAAGAACAGAGACAUGGUUGUGUGAUCAGUGUUCCUCAUGAACUUUAUGUGCAGGGUUGUGUUAAAGACGUGGACGAGGGACUAGCGAGUGCAGAAAACGUUGGCUACCCUGUGGUAAUCAAAGCAUCAGAGGGAGGCGGAGGGAAAGGUAUCCGAAAAGUGGAAAGUUCCGAAGACUUUCCCAGCUUUUUCAGACAGGUGCAAACAGAAGUGCCAGGUUCACCCAUUUUCAUUAUGCAACUAGCCGAGCAUGCACGCCACCUGGAGGUGCAGAUCCUGGCCGACCAGUAUGGUAAUGCCAUCUCUCUGUUCGGCAGAGACUGCUCCAUUCAGCGCCGCCACCAGAAGAUCAUAGAAGAAGCUCCUGCUACCAUUGCCUCCACCAGCACUUUUGAGCAAAUGGAGCGGUAUGCAGUGCGUCUGGCUAAAAUGGUGGGCUAUGUGAGUGCUGGUACGGUAGAGUAUCUGUUUUCCGAGGAUGGAAGUUUCCACUUUCUGGAGCUGAAUCCACGGCUACAGGUGGAACACCCCUGCACUGAGAUGAUUGCUGACGUCAACCUUCCUGCUGCACAGCUACAGAUAGCGAUGGGGAUCCCUCUUUACAGAAUUAAAGAUAUCCGUGUGCUGUUUGGUGAAGGUCCGUGGGGAGACACACCUAUUAACUUUGAAUCUCCAGAAUGCAUCCCCUGUCCACGGGGACAUGUCAUAGCUGCACGCAUCACCAGUGAGAAUCCAGACGAAGGUUUUAAACCAAGUUCAGGCACCGUUCAGGAGCUGAACUUCCGCAGCAGUAAGAACGUGUGGGGCUACUUCAGUGUGGGAGCAACCGGAGGUUUACAUGAGUUUGCAGACUCUCAGUUUGGACAUUGUUUCUCCUGGGGCGAGAACCGAGAAGAGGCCAUCUCGAACAUGGUGGUAGCCAUGAAGGAGCUCUCAAUCAGAGGAGAUUUCAGGACCACAGUGGAAUACCUCAUUAAACUACUGGAGACGGAGAGUUUCAGGAACAAUGACAUUGAUACUGCUUGGCUGGACCACCUAAUUGCAGAAAAAGUACAGGCGGAGAGGCCAGACACCAUUUUAGGUGUGGUAUGCGGUGCUCUACAUGUUGCUGAUGCAAGUUUCAGAAAGAGCAUGUCUGACUUCCUGCAUUCACUGGAGAGGGGCCAGGUGUUGCCUGCUGCUAGUUUGGUCAACACAUUCAAUGUUGAUCUGAUUUAUGAUGGAGUCAAAUACUGCCUGAAGGUGGCACGCCAGUCACCCACCACAUAUGUUGUCAUAAUGAAUGACUCGGAUAUUGAAGUUGAUGUCCAUAGACUCAGUGAUGGUGGUCUACUACUUUCUUAUGGUGGCAGCAGCUACACAACCUACAUGAAGGAGGAGAUUGACAGCUAUCGCAUCACAGUGGGUAACAAAACGUGUGUGUUUGAGAAGGAGCGAGACCCUACGGUACUCAGGUCGCCCUCUGCUGGAAAGCUGUUGCAGUAUGUGGUCGAUGAUGGGUCUCAUGUUUUGGCCUCCCAGCCUUACGCUGAAAUUGAGGUUAUGAAGAUGGUGAUGACCCUGCAUGUCCAGCAUUCCGGUUCCAUUAACUUUUCAAAAAGACCAGGAACUGUAUUAGAGCCCGGCUGUGUAGUGGCACGAAUGGACCUGGAUGACCCCAGCUGUAUUCAUCCGGUAAAGCCGAACACAGAGGCAUUACCAUCCCAAGAACCUUUAUCAAUUGUAGGUGAGGGGCUUCAUCAGGUCUUCCACAAUGUUCUGGAGAACCUGGUGAAGAUUAUGGAUGGAUACUGUCUGCCGGAGCCAUACUUCAGUCAUAAACUGAAGAAGUGGGUCAACACGCUGAUGAAGACACUUCGGGAUCCGUCUCUGCCUCUUCUUGAACUGCAGGAGAUCAUGACCAGCGUGGCAGGGCGUAUACCAGUUACUGUAGAAAAAGCAAUUCGAAAGGUCAUGGCACAGUAUGCCAGUAACAUUACCUCUGUGCUCUGUCAGUUCCCCAGCCAAAGGAUAGCAAAUAUACUUGACAGUCAUGCUGCUACGCUUCAGAGGAAAGCAGACAGAGAGGUUUUCUUCAUGAACACUCAAAGCAUUGUGCAACUAGUGCAAAGAUACCGUAGUGGAGUUAGAGGCUAUAUGAAAUCGGUUGUGCUGGAUCUGUUGAAACGGUACCUUCAGGUGGAGAUGCAAUUUCAGCAAGCGCACUAUGAUAAAUGUGUCAUCAAUCUCAGAGAGCAGUAUAAGCCUGAUAUGACUCCAGUAUUGGGGUGCAUCUUUUCCCAUGCUCAGGUCCCCAAGAAGAACAUCCUCGUCACCAUGCUCAUAGACCAGCUGUGUGGCCGGGACCCAAUGCUUGCUGAUGAGCUUAUGGUCAUUCUUGAUGAGCUUACACAACUCAGUAAAAUGGAAAACUCCAAAGUGGCACUUCGGGCCAGACAGGUGUUGAUCGCGUCUCAUUUGCCCUCAUAUGAACUCAGACAUAACCAGGUGGAAUCCAUCUUUUUAUCAGCUAUUGAUAUGUAUGGGCAUCAGUUCUGUCCCGAGAACCUCAAGAAACUCAUCCUAUCUGAGACCUCCAUCUUCGACGUCUUGCCCAGUUUCUUCUACCACAUCAACCGUGUGGUUUGCAUGGCUGCCUUAGAGGUAUACGUACGGAGGGGAUAUAUUGCUUAUGAGCUAAACAGCCUUCAGCAUCAUCAGCUGCUGGAUGGGACAUGUGCAGUAGACUUCCAGUUCAUGUUACCAUCAUCCCACCCAAAUAGAGAACCUUUCUCCCCAGUGAGCCCGUCCAUGCCCAAACCCACAGGGAGCAGUCCUACUUUGAACAGAAUGUCUGUUCCUGUGAAUGACUCGGGAGAGUUUCAAGCAAUGCGUCGUCAAGGUAGUGAGCUCUUCAUGGAUGGGGCGCUGUCGCCUCCAUGUCAGAGGAUGGGAGCCAUGGUCGCCUUCCAUAGUUUUGACCACUUCAAAAGGUGUUUUGAUGAAGUGAUCUUUCGCUUUGCGGACCCGCUGUGUGAGAGUUCUCUGUUCUCUGACGGCUGUUCCAACUUCUGUGAUGGGGAGAGCUGCAAGAACAUGAAGGAAAACCCCAUACACAUCAUAAAUGUGUCUAUCAAACAAGCAGACACUGAAGACGAUGAUACUUUAGUCACAGCUUUCACUGGCUUUGCUCACUCUAAAAAAGCUCUGCUCUAUCAAUAUGGAAUCAGAAGAGUGACAUUUUUAGUUGCACAAAAGGUGAAUGCUCAUAUACAAUUGCAAUUGCCUAAAAAAUAUUGUCAAUCAAAAGAGACUGAAAUAGUGUGCCUUUUCCCCCCUCAGCGGGAGUUCCCAAAGUACUUCACGUUCAGGGCCAGAGAUGAAUUCCAUGAAGACAGAAUCUACCGUAACCUGGAGCCGGCUCUGGCCUUCCAGCUUGAGCUGAAUCGUAUGCGUAACUUUGAUCUGACGGCCGUUCCCUGUGCCCAUCACAGAAUGCAACUGUACUUAGGUGCCGCUCGCGUGGAAGAGGGGGCAGAAGUCACAGAUUAUCGCUUCUUUAUCAGAGCCAUCAUUCGCCAUUCUGACCUCAUUACAAAGGAGGCCUCAUUCGAGUACCUGCAGAAUGAGGGAGAGCGGCUGUUGCUGGAGGCGAUGGAUGAGCUGGAGGUGGCCUUCAGUAACACACCCGCUCGUACAGACUGUAAUCACAUCUUCCUCAAUUUUGUACCCACUGUUAAUAUGGACCCUUCAAAGAUAGAGGAGUCUGUCCGUUCCAUGGUGAUGCGGUACGGUAGUCGUCUGUGGAAGUUGCGUGUUCUCCAGGCUGAGCUGAAGAUCAACAUCCGCCUCACCACCACCGGAGAUGUCAUUCCCGUCCGCCUCUUCCUCACCAAUGAGUCCGGCUACUAUCUGGACAUCAGCCUAUACAAGGAAGUCACUGACCUUUCCACUGGACAGAUAAUGUUCCAGUCGUACGGAGACAAACAAGGUCCAGUGCACGGCAUGCUAAUCAACACCCCAUAUGUCACAAAAGAUUUGCUGCAGGCUAAACGCUUCCAGGCUCAGACCCUUGGCACCACGUAUGUCUAUGACUUCCCUGAGAUGUUCAGACAGGCUUUGUUUAAACUUUGGGGACCAGGAGACAGCUACCCUAAAGAUGUGUUGAUGUGUAAUGAACUGGUCCUGGAUUCUCAGGGGAGACUUGUGCAGAUGAACAGACUACCAGGAGAUAAUGAGGUUGGCAUGGUGGCUUUCCGGAUGAAGAUGAAGACUCCAGAGUAUCCAGAGGGCCGAGAUAUUAUUGUGAUCUGUAAUGAUAUUACCUAUAUGAUUGGCUCUUUUGGGCCCCAAGAGGAUCAGCUCUUUUUACUGGCAUCUGAGCUAGCCAGAGCGGAGGGGAUUCCACGCAUCUACAUCUCAGCCAACAGCGGAGCUCGUAUCGGCCUGGCAGAGGAGAUCCGACACAUGUUUCAGGUUGCUUGGAUCGACCCUGAUGACCCUUAUAAGGGUUUUAAGUACCUGUACCUGACUCCUCAGGACUACACCCGCAUCAGUUCCUCUAAUUCUGUCCACUGUCACCAUGUAGAAGAGGGAGGCGAGUCCAGGUACAUCAUCACAGACAUCAUAGGGAAGGAAGAGGGUCUUGGCGUGGAGAAUCUGAGGGGUUCAGGCACCAUAGCUGGAGAAACGUCCCAGGCUUAUAAGGAAAUCGUCACCAUCAGCAUGGUCACAUGCCGUGCCAUAGGAAUUGGUGCGUAUCUGGUACGUCUAGGACAAAGAGUAAUUCAAGUGGAAAACUCCCAUAUCAUCCUGACUGGGGCUGGAGCACUAAACAAGGUCUUGGGUCGUGAGGUCUACACCUCCAAUAACCAGCUGGGAGGAGUUCAGAUCAUGCACAACAAUGGGGUGACGCACACCACCGUGCCUGAUGACUUUGAAGGGGUGCUUACUAUACUACAGUGGCUAUCUUACAUGCCAAAGAACAAUCAGAGUCCGGUCCCUAUAAUGCAUCCCACUGAUCCAGUGGAAAGAGAGAUCGAUUUUGUUCCCACAAAAGCUCCCUAUGAUCCUCGUUGGUUGCUUUGUGGACGACCCCAUCCCGCUGAGAAGGGAGCAUGGCAGAGUGGAUUCUUUGACCAUGGUACGUUUAUGGAGGUGAUGGCUACCUGGGCACAGACGGUGGUGGUUGGCCGAGCCAGGCUUGGUGGGAUUCCUCUUGGGGUCAUUGCUGUGGAGACCCGCACAGUUGAGGUUGCCAUUCCAGCAGAUCCAGCCAACUUAGACUCAGAGGCCAAGAUCAUUCAGCAGGCCGGUCAAGUGUGGUUCCCAGAUUCUGCGUAUAAAACUGCACAGGCUAUUGAGGAUUUCAACAGGGAGAAACUUCCACUUAUGGUGUUUGCCAACUGGAGAGGCUUCUCUGGAGGCAUGAAAGAUAUGUAUGACCAGGUGCUUAAGUUUGGUUCUUACAUCGUGGAUGCCCUGCGAGAGUUUAGCCAGCCUGUACUGGUCUACAUCCCUCCUCAUGCUGAGCUGAGAGGAGGAUCAUGGGUCGUUAUCGACCCCACUAUAAACCUUCAACACAUGGAGCUCUAUGCAGAUCGAGAGAGCAGAGGGGGUGUUCUGGAGGCCGAGGGCACUGUGGAGAUAAAGUUCAGAAAGAAAGAGCUGCUAAAAACCAUGCAAAGGACUGAUGCUGUGUAUUCUCUCCUGACUGAGCAGCUAGGCAAGCCGGAGUUAUCAAGCCAGGAGCGUAAAGACUUGGAGGCCAAACUGAAGUCUAGAGAGGAGUUCCUUCUUCCCAUCUACCACCAGGUGGCAGUCCAGUUUGUGGACCUUCAUGACACUCCUGGAAGGAUGCAGGAAAAGGGUGUCAUCACGGACAUCCUGGACUGGAAAAGCGCUAGGUCUUUCUUUUACUGGCGUCUGCGGCGACUGCUGUUGGAAGAGGUGGUGAAGGGGGAGAUCAUGCAGGCCAACCAGGACCUGAGCAAUGGACACAUACAGUCCAUGUUGCGCCGCUGGUUUGUCGAGACAGAGGGGGCUGUAAAAGCAUAUCUAUGGGACAAUAACAAAGUGGUGGUGGAGUGGCUGGAAAACCACCUUUCUCAGCAGGAUGGUACACGUUCUACCAUCAGAGAGAACAUCAAAUACUUAAAGAGGGACUACGCUCUCAAACACAUCCGCAGCUUAGUUCAAGCCAACCCAGAGGUGACUAUGGACUGCAUCAUCCACAUGGCGCAGAACAUCACUCCCUCACAGCGAGCCAAAGUCUGCCACCUGCUGGCCACUAUGGACAAUUCCACCACCAGCUGAUCACAUACACACCAUUUCAGUUCAUCUACACAUAGAGGACAUGUCUUUUGAGAGUCUGUAGUAUAAUUAAAUUAUGAUGCUUAAGAACUUUUUUGGAUCAACACAUUGGUCAGUAGCCUUAAACGCACAAUUUCAAAUGUCCAGCAAUCGCACAGUCCACUUACUCAGUUUCUGUUUGUGUGUGACUCACUUUAUUAGAAACAUUUCUCACAUGGACAGCAGAGAAUUACCUUAAACUCACUCUCAGUAUAUAGUAUUACAUAUUCACGUUUGUGCCUUUGUGUCAAUUUUCUUUGGAUAUAAUCGUCGACAUAUGAAUGUGCAAUAAGCAGAAAAGACUGAAUAUUAGAUUAUUUUAGGGAAUCGACAAUGCUUUGAGCGCACAAUUACUCUGUAUGGCACUUCCUCAGGAAUAUAUUCAACAAUUAUUAAGCAGAACAAACUUAUUAAAUCUCUAUUUUUAGAGUAAAGUAGCAGUAUUAUAUGUAAAUGCAAUCACUAUGUAAAUAUCUGGGUUGUUCUUCAUAAAAACUUUUAUUUCUGAUAAGAUACAGUUGUUAUGAACAAACAUGACAAUACAAUACUGUAAUGCUUAGCGAAUAGUUAAUGUACAUUCAAAUUGAUAGAAAUGUCAUUAAACUUAGAUUCAUAUUGAAUGUACAUUAAUUGUUAACAAUUGUUAAACAUUAAUACAUCCUAAGUGUAUGUGAUUACAUUAAUGAAAGUUAUCAUAAAGCAUUAUGAAUAUUAGUGCCAUUUAUGUUUCAAUGGCUUGAAUUUUGGUUGUUUGUAUGGUUUAGUUUAUUUCACUUGACUGCAGGUAAUUCUUCUUUUCAUAUUUAUGAAGUCAUAUGUGCUGGUUAUAUAAAUGGAUAAAUAUGUGUUACUACUUGUGCUUGUGCUCAACUGAUAAUUCUGAUUAAAGAAGUCGUCUUGAUCAGAUUUGUUGCCUUUAAUCGAUUUUAUGUACAAGUCAGAUCAAGACUAGAGCCUAAACUCUAAUCUAAGUGCCUGACUGUCUCUGUUGACUGAAUAUCAGGAUGUUUUUAAAUGAAAUGAAUUAUUAUGCAUUAAAUAAUAUGUUUUCAUUUUGGUGCUGUGGUAAUUUUUUCAAGAAAUAUUUAUUUUAAUCUUAUAAAUAUACAUGGGUUGA